GAUGGGGUCGCCUUCUUCUCGCAGCCGAAGACGAUCUCCACAUUCCCCGCUUCUGGCCCAAUUUGACGGAAAUUUCGGUAUGGAUCUGACGCCGUGCUAGGACACCUUCGUCGAGCGCACCCACAGUAUCCCAAGAGGUCGCAUGACGGGCGUCCGACCUUCGCUCCCUUCGUCCACCUUACCUUACACGAGCUUCUAUCCGCCAUCUGAAUGCACGAACCACGCCAUUGCCGUCACAUGCGCCUGCGCCGCUGCACGCUGCAACGCACGAACACUCGAGGAAUUGCCGGCGGCUCAUACCCCGCAUUCGAAGCGUUCCCGCGAGCAGCGCACAUCGACGUGCGUCGCGCAUGCCCCCGCACUGCAUUCGCAACUCGAUCACAUAUUUCCGACAGCCAAGCCAGCGCCGCGCGGUCUCCGAGAGGCUCCUCGGCUGUACCGAACCUCAGCGGUUGUUCCGAGGUUUACGGCUUGAAUGUGCUUUCGUAUAAGGAUUGCAGCGCAUAUUCAAUUCGCGCAUGUGCUUCGGUAUGUCUGCCCCUGCUUGCACCAUUAUACCACUAUAGCCUCGCAUUGAAUUAAGGCGCGUUUUCCGUGUGCUCGCCGAGUCAAUGUCACAGGACUAGGUCUUGCAGCGGUUCAAUUCUUUAUCCCUGGUCACAUACGGCACAUACAUGGCAGAUAGAUUUUUCAGUAGGGUGCACUAGCAUGG